AUGGAACAACAUUGGAGAUACGGGCAAGCAGUGAAGACGUUGAGAGAUACGUGGAAGGGCGCAUGGAGCAUCUCCAACCCUUUGUCCGCCGGAACAAGCAGUUACAAGAAGAGAUCAAGGUCGGAAUAUCAGCAGCAGUGGAUGGAUUGGGAAGCUGGGCAAGCCCAAGCACUAGACUAUGCAUAUGAGCAGGCCGUGGAGAGAAUCGACAGUCAAAAGCCAGGCUUGAGGGACAUUGCACUCCAGGUUCUGGCAUGGAUUACUCAACUGGAGCUCCAGUACGCGCUAGCAGUGGAGCCCGAUACUACUCAAUUUGAGGAGGAGAAUCUCCCAGACAUUCAAGGAAUGGUUUCAAAGUGCUUUGGAUUAGUCACGAUCGAAAACGAGAGAAGCAUCAUCCGACUAGCCCACUAUACCACACGGGAAUACUUUGAGCGGACUCAGGGAAAGUGGUUUCCAGAUGCUGAAGCGGAGAUUACAAAAACUUGCCUCACUUACCUCUCAUACGACGUUUUCGGGACAGGGUAUUGUUACUUCGACGAUAAGCUCAUUGAACGGUUGCGUUCGAGCCCUCUCUAUGACUACGCCACGAAACACUGGGGCCACCAUGCUCGUAGGGCUCCUACUCUAACAGAGGAAAUCAUAGAGUUUCUCGAAAGUGGCCGGAAGGUUGAGGCGGCCUGUCAGGCGCUACUGUGCUCCACUCGCUAUGAACCGUGCUCCAGUACCGGCGGCGGAACAGACCCAGAUGGCGGCCUGACAGGAUUACACCUGGCAGCGUACUUUGACCUUGACACUAUUAUGAAGUCGCUUCUCGGAUCAGGCAAUAUGGAUCCAAACUCAGCGGUUAGGUUCAAGUGGCAUGGAGACAUGACGCCGUUGUCGUACGCCGCCCAAAUGGGCCACGAAGCCAUCGUCAAACUGCUUCUAGAGAAAGACAGCGUGGGCCCCGACUCCAAGAAUGCUGCCCAGAGGAUUGGGGCAGAACUCCGCUGUCAUAUGCUUCUGAGAAUGUAUAUGAGUCAAUCGUUGAGCUACUUAUCAAUACUGGUCGAGUCAACAUCGACGCUAUAG